GUCACGCCUUGUGCCACGCACGCCGCCCCGGCUGACGAUCGCCCGCGCUCCCCGCUCGCCUCUCGCGCCCCGAGCUUGCGAUGAACCCGGCUCGCUCUCCGCCGCCGCUACUGCUGCUGCCCCUGCUGCUGCCCCUGCUGCUCCUGCUGCUGGAGCCGCGACCCACGGCAGCCGCCAAGAUCCCCGAGGCGGAGGUGAAGGUGGAGGUGACGCACCGGCCAUUCCUGUGCCACCGCAAGAGCAAGCGAGGCGACCUCGUGGCGCUGUCCUACCGCGGCUUCCUCGAGAACGGGACCCGCUUCCACUCCACUGACGAGCACAACAAUGGCCACCCGGUGUGGGUGACGCUGGGGGUGGGCGAGGUGAUCCGGGGCUGGGACCGCGGCCUUGUGGGCAUGUGUGUGGGCGAGAAGCGGCGCCUCACCGUGCCGCCCACCCUCGCCUACGGCAAGGAGGGCAAGGGGCGAAUCCCGCCGGACGCGACGCUCAUCUUCGACAUGGAGCUGCACGAGAUCCGGAACGGCCCCCGCUCCCACGAGUCCUUCCAGGAGAUGGACCUCGACGACGACUGGAAGCUGUCGCGCAUCGAGGUGGAGGAGUACCUCCGCAAGGAGUUCUCCAAGUCCGGGGUGAACCACAACGAGUCGUACCAGGGCCUCGUCGAAGACAUCUUCACCAAGGAGGACGAGGAUGAGGACGGCUUCAUAUCAGCUCGCGAGUUCACCUACCGGCACGACGAGCUGUGACGCGCGAGGGCGGGCGAGCGAGCGGGUGGGCGAGUGGGCGGGCAGGCGAGCGGGUGGAGUGGGCAAGUGUGUGCGUGAGUGGUUGGGUGAGUUGGCAUAGUCAGGGGGCACAGGUGGUGCAUCGGCCAGUCAUCUAAGGCGGUCGACCAAUGGUCCCUGGGUCUGUACCGUGACCUCCUGCCAGCGGGCGUUCGAGACUUUAAGCGGCCUUAAAGUGCACCUGGCCUGGUGCAAGCGCCGUGUUGACGUCACGGCCACUUAGUGGCGAAUGGCGGUUGUUGUUGUUGGGCGAGUUGAGUGAGUGGAGUGAGUGUGCGAGCGGGUGGGUGAGUUAGUGAGUGGAGUGAGUGGCCGAGUGGGUCUGUAACCGAGUGAGAAAGUGAUUGAGCGAGUGGAUGGGUGAGCAACUCGGCGAGUGAUUAAGUGGGCGAGUGAUUUGGCCAAGGCCUGUGGGCGCUGAGGGCAAUACACCUCCUCUCCGUGAUACAGAAUUCUACUCAAAAUCUGAAAUUGGCCCACUGCCCGAAACAGCGGCUAGCUGCUGAGAAGUACGGUUAAAUAUCCCUCACGGCCCGCGUGGGGAGCGGUGGUGCAGCGCUACGAACCCAGCGACCGGGGUUGGAUUCCCACUCGCGGCCAACACCGGUGACGAUUAUCUGAAUCGGUCCUGGGCCUCCCCACUCGGGAGACAAUCGUGGCCGGGCGUAGUGCUGGCCACCCACCACUUCGUGUGCCGUGGUGCCGGUCUUCAUAGGUGAUAUUCGUUUGCCCCAACAGCGCUUGCCCCAACAGCGCUUGCCCCAACAGUCAGUUGAACUUUGUGUGAGUGGAGUUGGCAUGUUCUCUCCAUUCUGCAUGGGUUUCCUCCUGUCGCUAAACGUACAACGUAACCCGCAUCAGUCAAAUAUCCCAAUGCCCGAAAAAAUUACCUGCUUAUUACUCAGUUGGGAUUAUACACAGCAGCAACAUCAUCGCACCCAACCCCCGCCCCGGUGCCCCGGCAACGAAACACCUGACAGGACCCACGUGAACAUGAGACUUGAGAGAACUCGUGAGUUGCUGAGGCUUUCCCGAGCAAAGAAGGCGUUAUUGAUGAUAGGUUUACACCAUUUGAACCUCCUUUGCCAGUAGCAAAAUAUGAUAAUUGCUUUUUUACCCUUUUAUCUGGCAACAAAACUGACACCUUUUUUUACAAGGAGUCAUGUUUGCAUUGACCACAAUACCUGCGGGUCGGAAUGCAAACAAAAAACAUAACUCUGAUAAUGAUAUGCACUGUCCUUGAAAUUGAUUGGUCCACACCCGAGACAGCUUUUCUUAGAGCCUCGUCUCACAUGGUGUUGGACCAGAUGACGCUAAAAGGUGCAUUAUGAUAAUAGGUGUUUCCCUUUUCUGGCAAAGGGGGUCCCAUGAUGUAGCUGCUCACAUGGAUCUCUCAAUGUCCUGAUAGUGCGUUGUCCUUGUGCUGGUUGCCUUGUGGCGUCCUCUGGUCUAACACUGUUAGUGAGACGAGGCUCUUAAGAAAGCUGUCUCUGGUGUGGACCAAUCAGUUUAAAAGACGAUGCACCAUAUACUGUCAAAGCAUGUUUUUGUUUGCAUGUUCACCACAAGUAUGUGUGCUGAACAUGCAGACAUGAUUCCUCGCAACGGUUUCAGUUUGGUGUUUUAACAUCUUAACACCCGUUUUAGUAUUGCCAGAAAAGGGUAAAAACCUAUUAUCGUAAUGUAAGACUGGCAAAGGAGGACCCGUGAUGAAGGCGUAAUGAUCACACUGCAAUCCCGUACACGAGCAGCAGCUGUCUGCCCCCGGUCGCCAGGUGGCGAUGUUGGGUGAGACGAAGCAAAACCACUGCGGUCGACUAAGGGCCCCCCCCCCCCCAGUCUACACACCCACCCUGGUACACCUCUACAACGCAGGUGACCCCAUCGACCUUCACGCAAAUGAAAGUGGUCGCACAGCGCGCAUGCAAAAUGCAUCCCGCGCGCGUUUCGUUUGUAGUCCCUACCCCGCACCUGCGACUGGCACGGCUGGCUACGUACGGUGGGGAAGGAAGUUAAACGUAGAGACCGUCAAAUUUCGAUUUAAAGCUUUCGUGACUGCAGGGAUUUAUCUUCUUGGUUCUUUCGGUAAAGUCACGUAGAAUGGAAACAAUAAAAAUAAUAAAAUAAAACAUAAUAAAAUUAUUCUCACGACGUUUCGGCCACAACGCAAGCAGCCGUCAUCAGGUGAAGACCAGGUCUGUCGGGGAGACGCUUAUUUUUAAAUCCUUUAUAUUAAGUUCGCUUGCUUGCUUAGGACCGUGCAAAUCUUUCGGUCGUUUUUUAACCCACUUCCCGUGAUCCAAUCGAGCUGACAUUUUGCACACAGACUCGUGUGUGACAAUGCAUUUUCGUGAAAAAUUUUAAAAUAUUUAAUUACCAAUUGUUUAAUGCUGCCAGACAAUCAUCUGACCCAUAGGUGGCAGCCAUCUCAAGCCAGAGGACGAGAGGACUCUAGCCGCCCCGAUGCCAUGCAUAUAAAGGAUUUAUAGUGAAAAACUUUGUUUUUACGGGUUUACUUGUUAUUGUUUCCAUUCUACGUGACUUUACCGAAAGAACCAAGAAGGUAGAGACCGUCCUUUGACGGUGGCGAGGCCGUGAACGGCUUGCGUCACGGACCCGCCGACCCGAAAUUGACAUUGCCAGCCGCCGCCUGCGUCGGUGACGAAUACCCAAAGCACCGCUCCUGGUUCUCCCUCUCGGUCGACUGAGCUGUACUCGCGAGAACACAAAUACCACCCAGCGUGGCGCCGACCACACCGCCACACCACUCGCGUGCCGUGCCAAGCCCGUUAAUAGGUGCUCGCAAACAGGGCUUGCCCCAGUGGUCCGAUGGGUUAAACGGGGAGGGGGAGAAGAGACCCUUGUCACGUGCAGUUACAAUUUACACUGCGGCCGUGUCUGUGUGUGUGUGUACACGUGUCCCACGUGCUAAAUCACGCAGUGCUGUUUAGUAACGAUGAGGCACGUGCAGUGUGUGGGGAGACUUGCUUCCCAACGCCAAUGGCUCGUAACAUACCACGGUGGGUGGUGAUGGUGAAUUCGGUUUUCCAUAAAUCGGUGUAUUCCAUAAAUAGGCUAACGUUUAAAAAAAAAAUCUACAUUUGCCUUAGAAAUUAACACUCCAUAUGUAUUAUUAGUAGGGUUGUUAACAUGUUUUGUGCGGUUUUUUUAUUAUUGCAUUGCCGGUAACGGCACGAAAGUUUGAAGUCACCGGUUUUCCCGCGCGUGUAAAAAUGCCCAAGGACAAAAAUUCUUGAUACCGUUUUGGGGACGGCUUCAACCUCCUCCAAGACGUCUGGAGAUGCAUUCAAUGGGCCGAGCACUCCAGAGGUUUUAUACUUGAACGACCCAUUAGCAGCCCGGAGUUGUGUGGGCAUGUUAAGCGGUCUGCUCUUCGAAUGCUCCUCCAGUCUGCGUGGAAGAGUAGACCAAACACCCGCCUGCCGUCUGCCAGCAGUAGCGUGGGCAAGCAAUUGAAGGGCUGCCCCUUUAUCUUUGACGUGAAAGGGGAGGGCGAAUGUACCACGCGGUGACUUGUGCCGUCUGUACAUUCGCGGGUGCCAAUCCGGUGCAUUCAUUUCUAAAAUCCCACCAGAAUCAGGUGCCAGCGACAGAUAUAUCUAUAUUUUUUAGAACCGGUAACCAAAUCUGAAAACAGUUCCCCGGUUUACCGCCUAUAGGUUUAAGGACAAUUAUUAGCGGUCGUUCUUUCCGGCAGAAGCAGUCCGGAACGCCGACGCUCACCAAAGCAGUAUUAUCAAAGAGCUCCCAGGCUCGGUGAAACGUUCACAUCGUAGCAAACGUAAGUCGUGGGUUUUAGUCAACGACAGGUGCAGAUAAUAGCGAUUUCACGGUGCUAAAGUACGUUUCUGCUGGAGUCCUAGGACGACGCUUGCUUGCUGCCAAUAAGCUGUUAUAUAUAAAAGUAUUUCUGCGAAGCUGAGCGAUGUUCACGUGUCGGCUGUUGACGGUGCCGAAGUACAUUUCGUAACCGGCUCGGCGGCGAAGCAAGCGGCUCGCAAUCGUGGGGUGGGGGGGUGAGGAAGAGUGGCUGACUUUGCCCAUCAUCCCUCCUUCGAGAAGAUCAACAGGGGUUCGGUGCUGUGGAGAAGACUCGUCCCCACUGUAACAAUGUGGAUUUUUCAACCACUUUGCUCUGUGCGGCUGUACGAUGAACACUGGGUCAGUGAUGUUCGCUUGAGAGCAAGAAAUCACUUUAGGCUUUUUUUUUUACAAAGUACAUUUCACAUUGAUGGAACUGCCGGUGAUUAUAAAGUCACUUCUAUUUUUCUUUCUUGAAUGUUGCAAUUUUACAUGUUUGACGUAGAUUUUUUUAUGACUAACGGGGUUUUUGGUAUGACAACACUAAACUCAAAAGUGCCUUACAAACGAAAAAAGUCCAUACAAAUAAAACUA